AUGCAGGACACGAAGCUGGCCACGGCCACGGCCACGGAGACGCUCAUCACGGAGAAAGUGCCCUCCAUCUGGACUCGGGGCCACGCACUGAAUCUUUUGGCCAUCGCGGCCGUGCCGUUAGCGAUUCUCUGGUACUCAUUGGCAAGCUCUCCGGGGGAAACAGCCUGGUCUCGCCUGGUCAAAAAAUACGAAGCCGGCAAAGAAGCCGACGCAAGAGCAAACAUCAUACACAUCACGAUGAUGGAAGAGGCUGCCGCAGAUCGACAGCUCUUCUCCGCUAGCCCGCGAGACAAUAGCGGUUCACCUUUAAGGAUGCCAGAGACACUCAACUUCGGCUCGCCCUGGAAUGUGUCCGCCGGUCACGGUACUGCCGACUUGUCGGAACUAGCCAAGUUCUAUGAAGAGAGAGAUAGAAAGGCGGAAAAAGACAGAUUGCAACGGCUAAAGAAAAACAACGGCGCUUCGGUGUAUGAUUGA